UCCGUCAGCACCAUGUCCUCCUUACCGUCCCCCAAGCUCUCGCGCUCGCCCUCCCCACCCCUCAACGCUGGCGCAGACAGCGCCGACGGCUCACAACAGUACAGCUGUCUCUGGGCCGACUGCACAAAGGCCCUCUCAGACCCAGAGGCGCUCUACAAUCAUCUAUGCAACGACCACAUCGGCAGAAAGUCUACCAACAAUCUCUGUCUUACGUGCAAGUGGAAGGAUUGUGGAACCUCCUGUGCCAAGCGCGAUCAUAUCACUAGCCACCUCCGAGUCCACACCCCUCUCAAGCCUCACAUCUGCGAGAUCUGCAAAAAGUCAUUCAAGCGACCACAGGAUCUCAAAAAGCACGAAAAGAUUCAUACCGAGGAGCAUCAUGCUCAGCACAAGCACUCCAAAGCAGUCACCGUCCCGGACCCUCUCGCAAGGACGCGCCGAGAAUCUCUUUCUGCCGAAGCUGUUGACGCUUCGCUGGCGGAGUUUGUUGCUAAAGCUGGCGCCCGUCCCAAACAGCCGCCUUCAAGACCUGUACACCAAGGCCACGGUUUCGAUGUUAUCGCUCCUCCUUCUCCUGGAUCAAUAAACUAUGCCCUCGGCUCCAUCCCCAGCCGUUCCUCUGCCCACCAUACCACUCAGCACCUCCCGACAUGGGAGACCCUUCGCACCGAUGGCUCCUCGUCCCCUUCCUCCGGGCUCAAGCGCUCUCACGAUUACAACAUGGAUGACUUCUUCUCCGACGUCAAGAAGCGAAGGGUCAACCCUUCAUACGACUCCAACAUGGCCGAGCGCCUAAGCAAUCUUGGGUACAUUCAACAAAUGACGAACUCAGAGCCCGGCUUCAAUCCUCGCUCUGUUUCCCUCGACAUCCGCUCCCCCGAAGAGUUGGCCGCCGUCAAUCAGUUCCUUCUCACCCUCGGCAGAGACGUCGAAUCAAGCCACUCGCGCUCACAAAGCCAGGGCUCGAACGCGUUCCAAAGCUAUCAGUACUUCGACCAUGCCCAGCUCAGCGAGCUUGGUCUUGCCGGCAUGCCCGGCAUCCCAUCGUCUGGUUCGCCCUACGGUCACGACGACGCCUUCGCUUCCGCUGGCUCCAACUUCUCGCCCAAUAAUUUCUUCCAUACUCCAUCGUCUUCCCGCCCAACCCAGCAACAACAGUACUCGGCCCAGCAAGGCCCAAUGUACCCCUCCGUGCAGGACAUGGCAGCCGCCUCGUUCAACACUGGUCCCUCUUACGGUCACGCCCGUCGUAUAUCCCAGUCCAGCCAACAAGCGAUGGUCUCAGGCCUCAGUGCUCCAUAUGCGUCGGUCGGAUAUCAUCAUCCCCACCCGUCCCAUGGGCACAUGCAACCUACACCACCCCUUGAUACCAGCUCACCACACUCCUCCGCCUCCUCGCCGACCAACUCGACCCCACCACACGUCCCCGCAGCGGUCUCGAAUGGAUACGAGCAGAUCCGGAUCUCGAGGGGUCCUCAACCUGCUGCGCACCUCGGCCCUGUCGAUUACAGCCAGAAGUCGAUGCGGACGAUCAUCCCCCUCAAAUCCAUACCGGGCUCUGCCGUCGUCGACAAGAGCCUUACACUGCCACCGCUCGAGCCGAGAAAUGUCAACGGCGCGCAUCAGCACCACGGUUCCUCGUCUUCGUCAUCGUCUUCGGUCUCGUCGACGACACUGCCCAAGUCGGACUCGCUUUAUCCGUUGUUGAGGUCUGGUGACGAUGAUCUGAAGUUGCCACCGCUUCAGCAUAGGUAUCGCUCGCCUUCGCCACCCGCUUCGCCAGCGUCGACAGCCUCGCAUCCGUCACCUCGACCCUCCGCGGCCACCACCACAAGCAACAGCAACACCACCGUUCUUCCGAGCCUGCGCGAGAUCACGGCGCCCGUACGGCCCUCGUCUUCUGCGACAAUGGAGGACCGUCUGGCGCGUGGUGUCGAUCGUCUGAAACUCGACAAGGAAGUGCCGUCUGAGCAUCGUGAGAGCCACGCGGCGUUGAUUCGCGACUUGCUUGUCAUGAUCAAUGCGAGGUACAGGAACGAGUUCAGGCUGUCGCAGGCGCAGGCGCGGAGGAGCGUGGAGAGGGAUAUGUCGAUGGAUAUCGUGAGGUCGCCGCCGCCUCCGGCAUCGCGGGAUGUCGAGAUGGUGAUGUGAGUGGUGUGCGUGACAGUAGAGGUUUAUCGUAGUUGUCGUCGGUGCUCGUGCUCGUUCGCAGAUCAAAGCUUGUUGUAUUACUUACCUGUCCCCUAGUCUAUAUAUUCGUCUAUUUUCGUAUUUUGUUUUCCCCGACUCGACUCGACUCGCAUCGCAUCUCAUCUUUCUUUCUUCUGCCUCGCUCAAUUAUCUAUUUCGCUGCUUUCUUACAUUGUAACACGACGCGUUUGCGAGGUUGGUAUAACCUCCGCACACAAAAGAAUACGUAUGGGUGGUCGACUAGCAAUCGCAACCAGCGUAGUAUCAUACUGUACCGCAUGCGCAAU